UUUUUACAAUAAUACGAACCAUCCAAAACAUAACCUAAAAGAAUCAGGUCAUUCAUUUCUAUGUCAUUUUUCUAUAUUGUUUAUUUUAUUAUUGUUUGUCAAAUAAUUUCAACUUAACGUUGUGGAUACGUUUCGUUACCAAAGGUAUUUAACAUUUAUUUUUUAGGUGUUAAUGUAUUCAAUAUUAAUAAAAAAUAACUAAUGAACAUAAUCAACGAUUAUAGAUAAAAAAAUAUAAUUAAUAAAUAAACUUGUGGAAAUGUUGCAAAAAAUAAAUAACUUAUUACGGAUUACUGGUUAUGGUCAACAACUAAGCAUGCGUUAUUUAAAUUUUGUACCUGUCGUAGUUGAACAAAGUGGAAGAGGAGAACGUGCAUAUGAUAUUUAUUCUCGUCUUUUAAAAGAACGAAUAAUAUGUCUUAUGGGUCCGAUUACAGAUAAUGUUUCCUCAGUAGUUAUAGCUCAAUUACUUUUUCUUCAAUCAGAGAGUAGUAAAAAUCCUAUUCAUAUGUAUAUUAAUUCACCUGGCGGAAGUGUGACAGCAGGACUGGGUAUUUAUGAUACUAUGCAAUAUGUCCUACCACCUGUUGCAACAUGGUGCGUAGGACAAGCUUGUUCAAUGGCGAGCUUACUUUUAGCUGCUGGAGCAAAAGGCAUGAGACAUUCAUUACCUAAUGCUAGAAUUAUGACUCAUCAACCAUCUGGUGGAGUAUCUGGUCAAGCUACAGAUAUUCAAAUUCAAGCCCAAGAGAUAUUAAAACUUAAAAAACAAAUUAAUAAAUUAUAUGUCAAACAUACUGGAUUGGAUUUAGAAAAAAUAGAGCGCAGCAUGGAAAGAGAUAAUUUCAUGAGUCCUUCUCAAGCUAAGGAAUUUGGAAUAAUAGAUAAGGUACUUGCACAUCCUUUACAAGAGGAAGAAGAAAAUCCAUCUGUGACAACAUUAUCAGAGCAAACUGUAAAUGCUACUAUAUCAACUUAAUGUUAUUUUAAUUAAAUUGAAGGCGUAAGUGAACACUGUAACUUUAUAUUUUAAAAAAUGUGUUUAUCAACUUUUAAUAAUAAUAAUAAAAAUAAUAAUAAUAAUAAUAAUAAUAAUAAUAAUAAUAAUAAUAAUAUUAAUAAUAAAAUAUCAUUGAAACAAU